AUGUCAAAUUUAGACGAUUUUAUUUUUGCGGCAGAUUUGCUUGUCAAAUUUCAUGCUUCGGCAAAAGAAGUGCCUGAAACCAGCCAUUCAAUUACGACAUUAGAAGCUCGAAAAUCAGAACUCAAAGAUUUAUGGAAUAGUGUCAAAGAGAAAUAUGCUCAAUGUGCUCGUUAUAUCCCUACUCUAGAGGAAGAACCCCUCGAUAUGGAUGCAAUAGAAUCAAAGUACAGAAACAGCAAUGAAACUUAUGUGAAUUGCUUAGGAUUGUUUCUUGAGUUCCAAAACAAACUAAAACCUGACCCUGUUGUUGUUAAGGAGUUUACCACUGUCAAUAUGCCACAGAAAUCCGGGUCCUCUCAUUGUAUCAAAUUACCACCAUGUGAUACCGAUGUGUUUCGUGGUGAUUAUAUCUCCUGGCCUGCAUUUCGCGACAUGUUUGAUGCGGUUUAUAUUCAACACCCUAAGUUAGGUGAAGUGGAAAAACUAUUCCAUCUUCGUUGUAAGACAAGAGACGAUGCAUUUAGGACUGUCAGUCAGUUUCCUUUAACAAAUGCUAGUUUUGCACUUGCCUGGGCAGCUUUGCGUGCCACAUAUGAGAACACUCGUAUUCUUGUGAACAACCAGGUCAAAAACAUUUUUAACUUGCCUACAGUUCAUGAAGAGAGCGCAAAAUCUAUCCGCAACCUCCAAAGUAAAAUCAAUGACUCUCUAGCAGCACUUAAAGCUCACCUUGUCGAUACCAAAAAUUGGGACCCAAUCCUUGUGUUCGCCUGUUGCAAUAGGCUACCUAAAACAACACUUUCUCUUUGGGAACAAUCUUUAGAAGAUCCAACAAAGGUACCAACUUGGGAAAAGUUAGACAAGUUCUUAAAUUCACGAUUCCAGACGUUAGAAUCUAUUUCAGACACCACUUCUUCAAAACCAUUAUCACAAAAUUUCCAAGUCACCAAGAAAAACAAUUUUCAAAAGCCUAGCAAAGUCAAUACUUUUCUUGCGAAGGCGGGAGGAACUAAGUGUAAAAUUUGCUCGGCAGAACAUACUAUUUAUGAGUGUCCUAAAUUUUCGGCAUUACCAAUCCAAUCCCGAAUCGAAAUAGUUCGAGAAAAGAAGAUGUGCAAUAAUUGCUUAGGCACUAGUCAUCAAAAGGCUACUUGUUCAAGCAAAUAUUCUUGCAGUUUUUGCAAGAAAAGACACCAUACACUUCUGCAUCUUGCCAAUCCCACUCCAGUUAAAAAUCAAAAUUUAAAUCUACAGUCCACUUCUCAAUCACAAGCUAUUCAAAAUCCUCAAAUCUCUGCCUCUUCGCAACCAUUUAUUCCUCAAGCUGCAUAUCAAAAUUUCAUGGUGACCUCUAGAAAAAGAAUUCUUUUGGCUACUGCCUUAGUGAAUAUAGUAGGACUGGAUACAGUGUAUACCGUAAGGGCACUAAUUGAUCCAGGUUCCGAAGUAUCUUUCAUUUCGGCAGCUGUGCAAAAACGUCUGAAUUUGCCAUAUAUCGACAAAAAUUCUACAAUUUCUGGAAUCAGUGGAAAUCUCUCUAUCACUUCUAAGAAACUGUGUUCCUUUUUAAUCACUUCUGCUAACCCCCCUCCAGUCACUGUUUCAGCAAACGCCAUUGUGCUUAAAACACUAACUAACAACCUCCCAAGUUCAUCUUUCUCGGUAGUAGAUCCUACAAUUUUUGAAGGCCUUCAAUUGGCCGAUCCAACGUUUAAUAAGUCCUCUCAGGUGGAUCUUCUGAUUGGUGCCGAUCUUUACCCAUCCAUCAUCCGUAAUGGCAUUAAACACAUUUCUAACUCACUACUUGCCCAAAAUACUAUGUUCGGUUGGAUAUUGUCAGGGCCAAUUCCAGAGUCGUUUCAAUCAUUCAACAUAACAGUAAACAAGUCAUGCCAAUGUAACAAUGAAGUACGCAGAUUCUGGGAAUUAGAAGAACUACCUUUUACAAUUAUUCGUUCUAAAGAAGACUGUUUCUGUGAAGAACUGUAUAAAAGCACUACCUUCAGACGCGCUGAUGGUAGGUUUGUUGUCCGACUUCCUUUUAAGCCACAAACGUCAAAGACCGGUUUAGGCCAUUCUAGGUUUAUCGCCCUAAAACAAUUUUCUAGAACCGAAAAAUCUCUAGCCUCAAAAGAAAAUUUGAAAUCCCAAUAUUCAAAAGUCAUUUCUGAGUACCUUUCUCUAAAUCACAUGAGAAAGGUUACUCCAUUGGAGCGUAUUGAAGAAGGUCAAGUAAAGUCAUUUUAUUUACCGCAUCACGCGGUAAUAAAACCAGAAAGUACCUCGACAAAAGUACGUGUCGUCUUCAAUGCGUCCAAUGCCUCGUCAAACGGUGUCAGUUUAAAUGAUUUAUUGUACCCUGGCCCGAUUUUACAACAAGACUUAUCAUCGUUAAUCAUUCGCUGGCGAUUUUAUAAAUAUGUGUUUAAUGCGGACAUAGAAAAAAUGUACCGGCAAAUUUUGGUCAACCCACGGGACACUCCAUUUCAACGAAUUCUUUUCCGCACUUCUCCUCAUUUAGAAAUUGAAGAUUUCGAACUCCUCACUGUUACUUUUGGCGUAAAUUGCGCCCCCUACUUGGCUAUCCGUACCCUACUUGAAUUGGCAAGAAUUGGAAAAACCGAUUUCCCUCUCGCGUCAAAAAUACUUCAGUCAGAAUUUUAUGUUGAUGACGUUUUGUCCGGCGCUCAUAAUAUUCAUUCCGCUAUGAAAGCUCAAUCUGAACUUAUCAGUCUUCUCGAUUCAGCAGGAUUUCCACUCCGGAAGUGGACUUCUAACACUCCCUGUUUACUCGAACAUUUGCCUCGAGAACAUAUUUUGAAUGAAAAUUUUUUGAAGCUAGACACUGACAGUAAUACAAAAACCUUAGGGAUACGCUGGAAUGCCAAGGGGGAUAAUUUCUACUUUUCCAUACAACCAAUAGUUUUACCCGAAACUCCCACCAAACGAGAAGUUUUUUCUCAAAUAUGCCGUAUUUUUGACCCUGCAGGUUGGUUAGCUCCCGUUGUGAUAGUUGCAAAAAUGCUCAUGCAAAAAAUCUGGGCAGAGCAUACUGAUUGGGAUGAUCCUCUUCAAUCUGACUCGUUUAAAAUUUGGAAAAAUUUUGCGGAAUCGUUAAAUGACAUAAAACAAAUUGAAAUACCCCGUUGGGUAGAAUAUUCACCCUCGUCAGAAGUCCAAUUUCAUGGUUUCUGUGACUCCUCAGAAAAGGCAUAUGCCGCCACUUUGUACAUAAGCGUUCGUCAGUCUAACGGAACUUUCUCUUCUCACUUGCUCUGUGCAAAAUCAAGGGUUUCACCUAUCAAAUCUGUGUCAUUACCACGCCUUGAGUUGUGUGGGGCACUUCUACUUUCCAAAAUGGUAAAAAUUUACGUAUCAAGUUUCCCUGUCCACGCAUACCAGACCUUUUUAUGGACCGAUUCGUCCAUCGUAUUAGCUUGGCUUAAGAAACCACCUUGUGUUUGGAAGACUUUUAUUGCAAAUCGCACUAGCGAAAUUUUAGAAAAUGUUGGAAACAUCCCUUGGAGACACGUGAAAUCAGCUGAAAAUCCAGCUGAUUUAGCCACUCGAGGUUUAAUGGCUUCAGAUUUGAAGUGUAACACUUUUUGGUGGAAUGGCCCCUCUUGGCUUUGCCAACCCAUCUCUCUUUGGCCAGUAAUCUCUCCUGUCGCCCCCCUCGUCGAAGACCUCGAACAAAAACCAGUUGUUUCCUUGGUAGUUCAAGAAGUGUCAGAAGACAUUCUUGAUCGUUUUUCAUCGUUACCCCGUGCUAUGCGUGUUAUUGGCUAUAUAUUCCGUUUUUUCUAUAAAUUUUCAAAAAGGUCAGACACUCGAUACACUUCACUCGAUAUAACUUCUGAAGAAAUGCAAUUUGAACACUCAUUGUUGCUAGAAGGUAAACCCGUACAUCCCAAAAGCUCAUUAAUAUCAUUUAAUCCAUACUUAGACUCCGAUAAUCUUCUUAGGGUCAAUGGUCGACUAUCUCAGUCAGACCUUUCCUACAAUGAAAAACACCCACUCAUUCUGCCUCAUAGUGCUAGAUUUUCGUAUCUUCUUACUCAAUUUAUUCAUGAAAUCUCUUUGCACGGUGGCAAUUCUUUAAUGUUACGACUCUUACGUCAAAGUUUUUGGAUCCCUAGACUACAAAAUCUCAUCAAGCUCUGUAUUCGCCAAUGUAAAACGUGUGUUAUCAAUAAAAAAGCACUAUGCAAGCAAUUUAUGGCUGCUUUGCCCCCUGAAAGAUGCACUUAUUCUCCUCCUUUCACCGUUACAGGGGUUGAUUUCGCGGGCCCUUUCGUGAUCAAAAGUUUCAAUGCAAGAAAUUGCCGUAUGACCAAAGGUUAUGCCUGUGUGUUUGUCUGCUUCUCCACGAAGGCUAUACAUUUAGAGGCUGUAAGCGACCUCUCGUCUGAAGCUUUCUUGGCUUCAUUUGCUCGAUUUUCUGCAAGACGGGGCUUGCCCUCACAAGUUUAUUCGGACAACGGUACCAAUUUUACUGGUGCCGAUGCAAUUCUACGUAAAGAGUUCAAGAAAUUCCUCGACACUAUUCCCCAAGAAACUCGUGCCGCUUAUGGUGUUCAAGGUCUUAAAUGGAAUUUUAUUCCGCCUGGGGCCCCACAUAUGGGAGGCCUUUGGGAGGCCGGUGUCAAAAGCUGUAAGAAACACCUCAGAAGAUUAGGGACCAGUGCACGAUUUACAUUUGAAGAAUUUUCCACAAUUUUAGCUCGUAUUGAAGCUUGUUUAAACUCGCGUCCACUUUCAUCCAUGUCAAAUAACUCCUCUGAUAUCUUGGCUUUGACUCCAGGUCAUUUUCUUUGUGGACGUCCGCUCAUAAUGUUUCCUGAAAGAAAUUUGGAAUUUGUCGAUUUGUCUUAUAUUAACCGAUGGGAAAAACUUAAAUGCCUUCAACAACAAUUUUGUCGUAGAUGGAAAGACGAAUAUCUCAAAGAACUUCAUCAACGAUAUAAAUGGCAAUCGCCACAAGAGAACGUCCAGAUAAACGAUCUAGUAGUAGUUCAAAACGAAAUUCUUCCUCCCACUGAAUGGCGCCUUGGUCGUGUAAUACAAGUACACCCCGGUGUUGAUGGAAGAGAUAAUAAAAUUAACAUUGUUGUGGCACCAAUUCCUGUAGGUACAACAAACAAGCAGCAGCAGCACCCAACAGCAGCAGCAUCAGCUAGAGAGCACACAGAAAAGUGUCUCAAACUUAAAUCCUUGUACAAUGUACAUGCGGCAUGUGGCAAGGACAAUAAAAAUCAAAUCAAUACACGCGAAGAUAACGAAACGACGUGUUUUGUUCCUGGAUGUUCCUUCUGCUUGCUAGAUUCGUCUUCACUUCUUGGCUAUAUGCGAGUCAAGGCAGCAACAACAGCAGUGAUGUUGUUUAGUAGUGACAUAGUUGGAAAAGGCAUAUCCUUGCAGGCAACACCAGAAGCAUAG